UUUGCACUACAUGUACAGUACGCAGUCAUCAAUGAUGAGGAUUGCGUACGUACGUGCAAGAACUGAGGAAAAACACGAGGGAACCAAACAGUUUUGUUACUAAAGUCGCCAAGGCCGACUGGACUUUGCCUAUCCGCGGUGACCCGUUUGCCUCGUUUAGACAUUAUAUUUUGCCCCAUUAUUUUGGUCUAGGGUCAGGCGGUUAGUUGCCUAUUUUAUAGUCGAAUAGCGUACAGUGACAGUAGCCUAUAGGUAAACAAAAAUAGACAAGAACGCACGAAUUCUAGACAUUCGUGAUCUUCCGGCGAAUCAUGUUGACUUUUGUGAAACAAUAUAUAUUUUGAAAAAUGGAGCACAAAACUUAGCCCGAGUGACUCUUCUUGCGCUAAUAGUCUCCUCUUUCACGACUCUAUGUAAAGGGGACAGUACAUAGCAUGCGUCGUUAUAAGAGAAGACUAUUAGCGUGCCGACAUGGGCAGUCGGGCUAAGUUUUGUGCUCCAGUUUUCAAUUUUGUGUACAAUUUUGUGUUUCCGAUGCCAAAUGAAUCGAAUAGGGCCUCGGUGCGUUUAGAUCCGUAGAACGGUACGUGUUCGCGGGAUCGAUGGUGUGAUGGGUGGCCAUCAAGUUUGGUGCGCCGUCCUCUGCAUGCACCUCAAUUGUCUGUUGUGGUGCGGUCUGGACAAGGCUCUGGGGGUCAUGUUACCGAGUCUGACGGAGCAGUUCGCUACGAAGAUGUGGGUGAUUGGAUGGAUUGUAUUCAUCCGUAGUGGCUUCAUACAUCUCAUCGGACCCGUUGCUGGGCCACUCGGUGUCAAGUUCGGUUCCCGCAACCUGAUUACGGUCGGCGGUUUCACAGUUGGAUUGUCCAUAAUCGCGGCUUCGUUUUCUACCAGUGUCACCCCUUUUGCGAUCAUAUUGAUUCUCGGAGCUUUUGGCGUAAGUUUUACCGAUAUUCUCACCAGGUCAAUCAUCGGCCGUUCCUGUUCCAAGAACUAUGCCCUUGCUAUUGGCAUCGGUUCAUCGGGCUAUGCAUUGGGAACGUUCGCCUUUGCACCUUUCACCCAAUUGUUACUGGAUACGUACGGCCUGAGGGGUGCCUUGCUUAUUCUAGGAGGGCUGAGCAUGCAUCUGGGGGUGUGUGGCGCCCUCUUGCGAUCACCACAAAUAGAUGGAAGGACAAACUACCAGCCACUGUCAAGCAAAGAUGAGGAUCCAGGCUCCUCGAAUGAAGACGAUCCGGCUGAUGGGAACUCGCGCCCUGGUGCUGAAAAAGACGCAAUCGGGUGUUUCGGAUUGGCGGUUUGCUCUCGGUCGUCAUUUUGGAUCGCCACCUCUCUGUACCUCUGUAACCGCCUCGUGGCCGAUCUCUGGCUGAUAUAUUUCGUGGCCCACGCGGAAUCUAAAGGUUUCUCCGCAAGGGACGCCGUGACUUUCACCGCUGUGGCAGGCCUAGCGAGCGUGGUCUUCAAGCUCAUCACCGGUCUCAUCGUCGACCGAGGUUGGUUCAAACUGCGCCCGGCUUUGAUACUGCUGACCAUAGUCAAUACUGUGACAUUCGCCGACGCGCCCUGGGUGAGCUCUUAUUGGUUGAUGAUGGUCAACAGCGCCCUCUGUUUCGGAACCAACGGCGGGAUUUGCCCGCUAAUGGACCUGUUAACACGAGAUGUCCUUGGUGUUGAGCUUCUGCUCUCAGCUAUCAGCUGGAUGGAGAUGAUGACGGCAAUUUCAUUUUUCAGUUUGGGAUUCUACCCUGGCAAGAUAUACGAACAGACCGGAAGCUACGACUGGGCCUUCGUCAGUAUGGGAUUGAUCUCAAUCUUGUCGCUGGUGGCGCUGUUUGCUGAGUGGCUAGAAGGCCAAGCGGGAUCAAGAUCGCGGAGAGCACUGAAGGAUUCUGGAGUUUAGAAAAUCCAGUAUAAUGUCACGCUGUACUGGGGCACAUUUAAUAAAUUUGUGCUCAACCUACUUUUUUAAGUGCAUUUAUAAAUGGGAUCUCGUUUACUAAUAUUGAAUGAUGAAAAGAGAGCGGGGUAAGGCUCCAUGGGUAUGGUAUACCAUAUAUGCACAUCGGAAACGGCUUUAGAUUUUGUUAGCACGGUAGCGUAAAAUUUGGACUUCUAAUAGGCACGUCACAAUUAACAGAACUACAGUGAAAAGUCCCUUCUUAAUUUGAGAGUCCAAAAUGAUCCAAAAGAGAUCAGAUUUAGUCGAAUGUAUACAAUUAUUGUUCUAACUUUCGAUAAAGGCCUUACACGAUGAAGCCCCUGCCUACAUAUGGGUCAUUCCGUAAAUUUGGGGUCCAAAAGUGUGCCGUUAUGUCCCUGUUACACCUGACCUGUGUAAUUUGCCAUGCAAAUAUCAUGGACAUUUACUUCACACUAUUUCUUAAAUUUGUUUGGCAGGGUACUUUGCUUUACAUAAUCACUCUUGGAGAUAGAAGACAUUAAUGGAAUGUUUACUGAAUUACAAAAUCUUACACAUGCAUGAUGUAACAGCGGAAAAGAUUAACACAAAAAAUUGAACCCCAACUUUAUGGAAUGAUGAACCUGAUCUGAUGGACAUUUUACAUGUCAUCUCACCUAUACUGCAGUCACAAAAUUGUGUCUCCCUACUACUACUGCCUCUUAAACAACAUAAUGAUACAGGGUAUUCGGUAGAAUAACAGCUAUACCCUUUCAUAUAUGGAAUUCACUAACCUAUAUACAUGUAUUAAAUAAAUUAACAAAAUUAACAGUUUCCGCAGGGUCCUUGAAACUAUUGUGUUAAGAAUGAAUUGUUUUAGAUGAUUAACACUAUUGACAGCUGUGAUUAGACUUUUUGCAAUGUUUAUAAAGUGGGUGUAUUUAGCUGAUUAUUGUAUUAGGCUUCUUUUUUAGUGUCUGUGUUUUUUUUUUAAAAGGUUUGUAUCUUGUGUAGUUAUGUACAGGCUAGGGGCCUUCUUAGUAUCUUUUUUUCAUAAUUUCAUUGUAAUCCUUUUUGGUUUUCAUUAUCCUUUAUUUGAAUUUGUAUCCUCACUGUAUGUAGCGCCUCAGAGCACUGUAUUAAUGAUCAAGGCGUGUUAUACAUUUUGCAACACAGGAGUCCAAAUUUCAAUGGACAGCGGGUUAGAUUGAGUCUGAACACCUCUAACUUUUCCGGGAGAAAUUCGACACGCGUGACACGUGGUCAAGUGAAACAAAUCCGCUAGAUGAUUAAUACUCCAGGUUCUCUGCAUCCAGUUUGGGUCAAAGAUGAGUUUCUUGGCUUUUAAAGAAAAUGAAAUUAAUAAAGUGUACUAACAGAGUAAAUAAAAGCUGUAGGCCAUUUUAAAGUGGCAUACAAGAGCACGUAUAGUGGUCCGUUUGUUUGGAAGGUGAUGCUUUGUUCGUUAAUCAAGUUGAUUGACAUACAUGUACAUACAUUGUAAUCAUUAAAUAAAUUCCGACGGACGUUUUGGGGAAAUA